AUGUCGGAGUUCUGGCUGAUUUCUGCCCCAGGAGAUAAAACAAAUCUGCAGGCGUGGGAGAGAAUGAACACAGUGACAUCUAAAUCCAACCUGUCCAGCAACAGCAAGUUCCACAUUCCAGACUUAAAGGUGGGGACACUGGAUGCUCUUGUUGGUCUGUCAGAUGAGUUGGGAAAACUUGAUAGCUUUGCUGAAAGCGUAAUAAAGAAAAUAGCCCAGUACAUAGGAGAAGUUAUGGAGGACUCAAAAGAUAAAGUCCAGGAAAAUCUUCUGGCCAAUGGAGUUGACCUAAUUAGCUACCUGACACGGUUUGAGUGGGACAUGGCCAAAUAUCCCAUAAAGCAGCCACUGAAGAAUAUAUCAGAAGCAUUAGCAAAGCAAGUGACUCAAAUAGAAACAGACCUAAAGACCCGAUCAGCUGCAUACAACAACAUUAAAGGAAAUUUGCAAAGCCUGGAGAAAAAAACUGUGGGAAAUCUGCUGACUCGGACCCUAGCAGACAUUGUGCAUAAAGAAGACUUUGUUCUGAAUUCCGAGUAUCUUAUCACUCUGCUCGUCGUGGUGCCAAAGUCAAGCUAUGUCCAGUGGCAGAAGACCUAUGAAUCACUCUCUGACAUGGUCGUGCCUCGCUCCACCAAAAUGAUUGCUGAGGAUGCAGAGGGAGGACUCUUCACCGUGACUCUAUUUAGAAAAGUGGUGGAUGACUUCAAGGCUAAAGCCAGGGAGAACAGGUUCAUGGUUCGAGAAUUUUAUUUUGAUGAGAAGGAACUGAAAUGUGAAAAGGAAGAGCUGAUGAAGUUAGCUUCUGAUAAGAAACAACAAUAUGGCCCGUUACUGCGCUGGCUGAAGGUGAACUUCAGUGAAGCUUUUGUGGCUUGGAUUCAUGUGAAAGCCUUGAGAGUUUUUGUUGAAUCUGUCCUGAGGUACGGCCUCCCAGUGAAUUUCCAAGCAAUGCUGCUGCAGCCAAACAGGAAGUCUGUGAAACGCCUGAGAGACGUCCUAAACGUGGUCUUCAAACACCUGGAUGAAGUGGCAGCAGCAAGUAUAAUGGAUCCUGGCAUGGACAUCCCCGGUUUACAACUGAGUAAUCAGGAAUACUAUCCUUACGUCUAUUUCAAGAUUGACCUCAGUCUUCUUGACUGA